UCCUCGCCCAUCUGCACUGGCAAACAAUGAAUGGAAAUUGAAAACAAGCCUUUAAGGCUUUCCCUAUUCCAACAACCCCAAGCGAAUCACAAAAAAAUACAAUUUCCUUCAAUUUUCCACUCUGAGGUUACAAAACAAUAAACAACAGCUGAUGUGGUGACCACCACACAAUUGGCCAACAAAAUCAGCCGGCUGUUCAUCUUCCAACGAAACAUGGAAAUGCUACUAUCGAACAAUGACGGCAAUCAAAGUUAUUCCAUUCUCUAUGCCAACGAUGAAUUACAAAAUAUGGCUGCCGCAUCGUCCUCAGCUGCAUUCUCCCAACAGCUGCCCGCCAUUCCAUCCAUAUCCACCUCAUCAUUCAGUUCAUCGCUGAGCUAUCUGCCAACAGCUGCCGGUGAUGUUUCGCCCUCCAUGCACUGGCAGUGGGAUGCAAUGCCAUCGCCCAAAGCUCUGCUGCUCAACAGCGAAUGGCUGCAACAGAAUAUGAGCCAAAUGUUAAAUAUAUCUGCGGAAAAUUUGACAAAUCUAAUAACGUCCAUCCAGCGAGAACAUAUUGUGCCCGAACGGGCUCCCCUGCCGCUGCUGACCACAUUGACGGUGUGCUAUUCGCUGAUUUUCAUCGCCGGUGUCCUUGGCAAUCUGAUAACGUGCAUUGUGAUAUCACGCAAUAAGAUAAUGCAUACCGCAACGAAUUUUUAUCUCUUCAAUUUGGCUGUGUCGGAUUUGAUUUUAUUACUGUCGGGUAUGCCUCAAGAUUUAUACAAUCUCUGGUAUCCAUACUCAUAUCCCUUCGAUGAUGUGCUGUGUGUCAUGGAAGGUGUUCUGUCGGAGACAGCUGCCAAUGCGACUGUCUUGACCAUAACAGCGUUUACAGUGGAGCGGUAUAUCGCAAUUUGUCAUCCAUUUCGCCAGCACACCAUGUCGAAAUUAUCACGGGCUGUUAAAUUUAUAUUUGCCAUCUGGCUGACCGCGUUUGUGCUGGCAAUGCCACAAGCGAUGCAAUUUUCCGUUGUACAAUCGUAUGGCGGGACUGAAUGUUCGAUAAACAAUGACUUCUUCGCCCAUGUAUUUGCCGUGUCGGGGUUUAUAUUUUUCGGUGGACCCAUGACUGCCAUCUGUGUGCUGUACGUUUUGAUUGGUGUCAAAUUGAAACGCAGCCGCUUACUACAGACGGCGCCCCAGCGUUACUAUGUUGUGAAUCGUGGCAUCAGUGCCCAGACGCGGGUUAUACGAAUGUUAAUUGCUGUUGCAGUGGCCUUUUUCCUGUGCUGGGCGCCAUUUCAUGCCCAACGUCUGAUGGCUGUGUACGGCUCAACAUCUGGCAUACAGUCGGAAGUUUUCAAUAAUAUAUUUCACAUUUUGGAUUAUACAUCGGGAGUGCUGUACUUUUUGUCCACCUGCAUUAAUCCGCUGCUCUACAAUAUUAUGAGCCAUAAAUUCCGUGAAGCAUUCAAGGUCACACUGGCUCGCCAAUUCUUCUCGGGCGGCAAAAACCAGACACAAAAUCACAACUACAGUGCACUGCUUCGGCACGGCAAUGGCUCACUGCGCCUGCAUCAUACCACGGUGAAUAAUAAUGCUCUUGAGCACUAUAGCUCUUAUCGAGUUGUCCAAUUGCAAUAUCGUGACCCAAGCCAUCAUCUUUCUCUACAGGAUAGCAUAAGGACGACAACAACAACGACGACAAUUAACAGCGGAAGUGGAGGUGCGGCAAUAGGCAGUGGGGGAAAUGCUGCCCUCAAUGGUUCGCGGGGUGCUGGAACAGAUAGUGCCAACUCAACCUUGAAGGGAACACAUCAUUGCAGUACGGCACGCAACUCGCAGUAUCGAGGACGUUGCAUGUCCAUGGGUUCCCAGUCCACUUUGGCCACAAAUACUCCAGGUCCAGGGCAUCGCAUGCUGCAGACCCAAAUAUCCCAGCUAUCAUCGGUGGGUGAUGCCAACUCUCUCAUGGAAUGUGAUAUAGGUAACUCUGGUUCGGCAGGUGGUAAUUGUCGCCUCAAAGCUAUGCGCCGCCAGAGAUCAAGGGGUGCCGACGAAUGCAUCUCCAUCGACUCAACGUCGCAGGCCAAUGUUCAAUUAUGGCGUGAAGACAAGAAACGCAACUCCAACAUGCAUGAAACCGAGCUGUAUUCCAAACCCAUGGGUCCCCACAUUAUGGCCGCCACAAUGGUGGCCACCCAACCCAUACAGCCCAUGAACUCCAUAGCCGAGCUGAGUAUAGAAAGACCAAGUCGUUCCAGACUCAAGCUUUCACGCAUCAUAACGAGGCGCAAUGAUGACGCCUUUGUUGUACAAUCCAUGCCGAGGGUGGAGCUAAUGAAGCCAGCCCAUCAAUACCACAAAGAUCGUUCCUCGAAGACCCUAAAUUCUCUGGCGGAGAAAUUCAAAUGGCGCACCAAAAGAAAACCGGCCAACACCCAGCACAUCUCCUACUGUAGCAGAAUCGCCAACAAUACCAAAGGCUCUUACGAUACAAUCGAAGCUCGGGAUGAGGCAAGCAAACCUGCCACAGCUCUAAUGAAGGUGGUCUACAAUACCACACCGCCUCAGCAUCAGGUUCUGGAAUCAGAGCUGGCCCUAAAUCAUCAUUCGGAGUCGUCGUUGGGCUAUCGCAGCCCACAUGCCUUAUGAUGACCGAUUAUAAAUGACUACUCCUCGCUGAGGAGGUCCCAAUACCACAGAGCUUCGGCAGCUGCCACCACCAGUAGGGAUGUCAUAAUGGCCGGUUUUCACAAGGACAUCGAUGUAUGGGGAACAAAGAGGUGGAACAAGGACAAUGGUGUUGUGGAUGAUGAUGACGAAAUUGCUAAACCGGUUGUUCACACAAACAAAACUGACGACCUGGAAAUGAAUCAAUUUAGAUAAGACUGCAAAGAAGAAAAAAAAAAGAAAACUAAUAAAACCUAAAAAACGAAGAAUAAACGAAAAACAAGUGAAAGUAAACAAAAAAAUACAAUAGAAAGCUAUUUUACACCAAAAAAG